AUGGAUGGUGUAAGUGACUUGAGUGAUGAGGAGGAGGACGAGGAGGAGGAGAAGGACGAGGGAGAGAAGGGAGAAUUAAGAAAAGAUGCUGGAUCAGAUGCUGGUAAAAGAGAUUCCAUGUUGCCAGCUGUCAGGCGUGUUGCUGAUGGUUCCACCUGCACUGACGCUGCCGGAUCUGAUUUCCAGAUGCGCAGCUGCUCUGCCAGGGAUCAGUCACAACAGAGCCUUAGCACAGCCAGCGGUGGAGGUGAAGGUACUGCUAGUGGUGCUAGUACUGGCGGUAGUGGCGGGACGCUUGGGACUGUGAGCAGGAGGGCGCGGGUGACUUGGGAGGAGUUUAUCGUUGGUCUCGCGGGAUGCUGCAAGGAAGCUUCGUCAGCAGCUCGCAUGAGAAGGCUGCUGCGAGUCAUGUCUCUCAUUCGUGUGGCGCUCGUCCCGCCAGCUGCAUGCCCCCCUCCGUUACAGUCACAAAGCUCACAGCCACAGACCUUACAGUCACAUUGCGUAGAGUCACAGAUCUCCAGCUUGGAUCAGAAUGAUGCACGUGCCUGCAGUGACGAGCCCCGCGACCGUUUCCCCAUCAUGCCGUCCAUCCCAUGCGCUCCCUCGGUGGCCCACGCCCCGCUCUCCACGCCACACAACCUGGAGGGAGAAGCUCAACUGCAGCCGCAGUCGCAGCAGUCACAGCAGCAGCAGCAGCAGCAGCAGCAGCAGCAGCAGCAGCAGCAGCUAGGGGUUGGGGAAGGUGAGAGCAGGGAGGUGCACGCAUGGCACGUGUGGCUGCUUUUCCUCACGUGCUGGGCGAUGGAGCAGCAGGCGGAGACAUUGGGCCAAGACAAGGCAGACAGUGGUAGUAAAGUUGUUGAUGGGGGUGCAGAUGGUGAUGGGGAUGGGGAUGGGGAAGGUGGUGGUGGUGCAGAUGCUGAUUUCGCCAACGUGGCAGCACACUCCAAUGAUCACUCUACCAUACCUCCAGACAUGCUCCACAUGCUGCAGAGCCUUGCUCGGGGAGCUGCUGCAGCUGCUGCCACUGAGAGCGCUGCUGCCACAGAGAACGCCGCUGAUAUUUCUGUGCUUGUGCCUGCUGAUGCUACUGAUAGCGGAUCAGCCUAUAACGAGUCUCUGCCUCGCCUGGAGUCGGCAAAGCUCGUGUCAUGGCUGCUGGGUCAGCUACCAGGUCUAUCCACCCGCCUAUCAGCCUUCGUGCUUCACCGCUUCGCCUCACCUCCUUCAACCACGCAUGAUGGCAGCAAUGCAGGGCCCCCGCCCAAUCCCACAGCUCCCACGGUUUUUCACCCUGCCUCUUUGCCUCCUGCCAUCACAAGCACCUCUGCUGCUUCCACUAAGAGCACCGAUUCCACCAAUGGGAUCCCAGAAGCCAUGCCACGUGGCGUUGCCUGGGCGCUUGACAUGGCGUUUCCAGACCCUCUAAGUGCAGCAGGGAUGUCACGGGCAGGAGCAACAGGAGCGGCAGGAACAACAGGAGCCACAGGAGCGAAAGAGCCUACAGCGCAUGGUGCAAGGGGGGGCGUGGUGCACGGAGCACAGCUGCUGUACCGGGCGUCCCUGCAUGGCCGUGGCAUUCGCCGGCUCAUGGCUCAAACUGAAGGGUAUGGUGGUCCCUGGUUGCUGCUGCUCUCCCUCCGCCAUCCCCCCUCCUCUCCUCUCUCCUCCUCCUCCUCCUCCUCCUCCUCCUCCUCCUCCUCCUCCUCCUCCUCCUCCUCCUCCUCCUCCUCCUCCUCCUCCCCCUCCUCCUCCUCCUCCUCCACCACCUCUCACUGCCACUGCGGGGGUCUCCUCUCUCACUGCAACCGCCUGUGUGUGUCAAAGCAAUCCCCGUGGCUGGUGGGCGUGAUGGCAUCUGCUGCUGUGGCCAAUGCUGAUGCCUACUCUGGUGAUGCCAGGGGUUGUGCGCUCAUGCAGCUCUCGCCAUCCUUCGCUCUCUAUAAACCCACUGGUCAAGCUAAUAACUUCAUCUGCACUCCAUCGGCAAAGAUAGGGGGCGGCACCGUUGGUGCUGGUGGGGCUGGUAGGGUUGGCGCUGUGGGGAGGCCAGCAGCAGCAGGGGGGAAGGCGAGGGUGUUGGGGAUAGGCGUGGGGGGCAGCAGGGGGAGGGAGCGGGUGUGGGUGGAUGAGGAGUUUCGAAGUGCUGUUGUGAGGCACCAUGCAGUGGAUAAGACGUUCCGGCCGGGCCACCUGCAUCCGGAACAGGUGGGUCUCAGAAUGGCCAAAAUUGAGCGGGUGUGGGUGGAUGAGGAGUUUCGAUGCGCCGUUGUGAGGCAUCAUGCCGUGGAUAAGACCUUCCGACCAGGCCACCUGCACCCUGACCAGGGUUAUGCGGAGCUGAGUGUGCGAGUGGAGGAUGUAGCUGUGUGGGGUCUGGGCGGCAAGGCAGCAGAGGACAAGAGGGUGGCCUUUCAGCAGCGAGAGCAGCUCUUCACAGAGCAGAGGAGGAAGGUGGAUCUGGCCAAGUUCGUGGGCAAGUGGGAGGACGCCCCUGAGAGGGUCAUGCUGGACAUGGUCACCAACCCCAACAAGCCCAGCAAGGAGGACCGGUAG